CAGGUGUAACAAAGCAUGUGGGCGACGCACUCCUGUUGGAAAGAUCUCAACGCACCGGAAGGGUGAACACUUUAGGCAUCGCCCCAUGGGGCAUCGUAGAAAAUAAUCAAGACCUCAUCGGUCACAAUACAGAAGUACCAUAUCAUUCCAUAUCAUCUCCAAGAUCUAAAAAUGCAGCUUUAAAUAACAGACACGCAUACUUCUUGCUAGUAGACAAUGGUACCGUUGGAAAAUACGGCGCCGAAAUUAUUCUUAGGAGAAGACUAGAGAAAUACAUAUCGAAACAAAGGCUGUAUCCGUUUACGCAGAGUCCGAUCCCGAUAGUCUGCCUGGUGAUAGAGGGUGGAACUAACACAAUCCGAGCAGUAUUGGAAUACGUUACGGACGAACCGCCUGUACCGGUAGUCGUCUGCGACGGCUCCGGAAGAGCUGCGGACCUCAUCGCUUUCAUGUGCAAUUAUUCGAUCGCGUGUUUGAUGCAGGUACGAAUGUUCGGUCCUCAAGUCGAUGAAGGACUACAUCAUCGCCACCAUCCAGAGAGCGUUCGAGGUUGCCGCAGAACUUGCAGACGGACUGUUUGCAGAGCUUAUGCAGUGCGUUGAAAAUAAACAUCUGAUAACGAUAUUCAGGAUAGCAGAUAAAUAUGACCAAAAACCUCAAGAGCUGGACCAAAUCAUUCUCACUGCACUGUUCAAAUCCCAACAUCUCUCACCGACUGAACAACUAAGCCUCGCAUUGACCUGGAACAGAGCUGACAUUGCUCGAUCAGAGAUCUUCAUUUACGGCCAAGAGUGGCCACCAGGAGCACUCGAAGAUGCUAUGAUCAAAGCUUUGGAACAUGACAGAUGUGACUUUGUGAAGUUACUACUGGAAAACGGAGUCAGCAUGAGAAAGUUCUUAACCAUUCCUAGACUAGAGAACUUGUACAAUACUAAACAAGGGCCUAGCAAUACACUCAGGUACAUACUUAGGGACGUACGGCCUCAUAUACCUCCUGGCUACGUUUAUACGCUACACGAUAUUGGACUGGUAAUUAACAAACUCAUGGGAGGUGCUUAUAGGGCAUUCUACACUAGAAGAAAAUUCCGACCUAUUUACGCUAAAGUUAUGAACAAGGGUCCAGGCAUGGCGAACCAGUCUGAACGACAGUUUGGAGCAAUGAGCUUACUAGCUGGAGCAUUGCCCAGCAAUGCUAAUCCUUGUUUGUUUGACUAUCCAUUCAACGAAUUACUCAUUUGGGCAGUAUUAAUGAAACGGCACAAAAUGGCCUUGCUGAUGUGGCAACACGGAGAGGAAGCUUUAGCCAAAGCUUUGGUCGCCUGUAAAUUGUACAAAGCUAUGGCGCACGAAGCGGCAGAAGAUGAUAUGGAAACAGAGGUGUAUGAAGAGCUCAGGCAGUAUGGGAAGGAAUUUGAGAAUAUAGCCUUAGAAGUACUGGACUACUGCUACAGGCAGGACGAUGACCAGACGCAACAGUUGUUGACGUGUGAGCUGCAAAAUUGGUCUGGGCAGACAUGCUUAAGUCUCGCUGUAACCGCCAAUCAUCGAGCGCUAUUGGCUCAUCCCUGCUCGCAGAUUAUUCUUGCUGAUCUGUGGAUGGGGGGUUUACGCACAAGAAAGAACACAAAUAUUAAAGUUAUCAUGGGUCUACUUUUCAUGCCCUACAUCUUAAAGCUAGAAUUCAAAUCCAAAGAAGAGUUACAGUUGAUGCCUCAGACUACAGAGGAACAUAUGGAGCUCGAAAACGACGAUGACGAUAAGUCUGAUUCUGACAAAAAUCAGGACGGAGAGAAGCGUACUAGAGGUUUGAGUAUUCGGAGCAAGUCAUCAAAUCCACAAGGUGUUAAGGCGCUUCUUGCUGAAAAUUUUAUCACACGUGACACCGUUGUGCAAGAAAAUGGAAAAGUCAUGCCAGAGUUUGAUGAAAAACAGUACCAUAUUCUAUAUCCUGAUAUUUACUCAGAGAAGAUCCAAAAGAAUCGGGAACUUAGGAUAAAGAAAAAGCUGUACGAAUUCUAUACUGCACCCAUAACGAAAUUUUGGGCGAAUUCGAUCGCCUACAUAAUCUUCUUGGUCCUGUUCAGCUACAUCGUCCUAGUUAAAAUGUACUCGCUACCAACGUGGCAAGAAUGGCUGUGCAUCGCAUUCGUAGUCUCUCUAGGCUGCGAGAAAAUGCGAGAGAUGUUCUCUUCGGAACCUGUUGGUCUGACGCAAAAAUUCGCCGUUUGGUCCUGGAACCUGUGGAACCCGUGCGACAUGGCCGCCGUGCUGAUGUUUCUCAUCGGAAUGGCUCUCAGGUUCCAGCAUGACACUUUUCAAGUGGGCAGGGUGAUAUACUGCGUGAAUUGUAUAUACUGGUAUCUGAGGUUGCUCAAUAUUCUCAGCGUUAAUAAAUAUCUAGGUCCCUUGGUAACCAUGAUGGGUAAAAUGGUGAAGAACAUGAUAUACUUCGUUGUCCUCUUACUAAUAGUAUUGAUGAGUUUUGGUGUAUCUAGACAAGCUAUACUUUUUCCUGAUCAGGAGCCUAGUUGGAUGAUUGCCAGAGAUGUAUUCUUGGAACCAUACUUCAUGCUGUACGGUGAAGUAUAUGCAGACAAAAUCGACCCGACUUGUGGCGGCGAGGGUGAAGAACCCUGUCGAACCGGUAAAUGGAUAACACCAACCAUCAUGUCGAUCUACCUCUUAGUAGCUAAUAUUCUGCUGAUCAACUUGCUGAUCGCUGUGUUCAACAACAUAUUCAAUGAAGUCAAUGCUGUGGCACAUCAAGUAUGGAUGUUCCAAAGGUUCACCGUGGUUAUGGAAUACGAACAGAAACCAAUACUACCUCCGCCUUUCAUCAUAUUCUGCCAUAUAUUCCUCCUGUUCAAGUAUAUUAAACGGAAAAUGGGCGGCAUAGAGGAGAGCUACGAUAACGGAUUGAAAUUGUUCUUGGACAAAGACGAAAUGGAGAGGCUGUAUGACUUUGAAGAAGAUUGUGUGGAAGGAUAUUUCGCUGAACAGGAAGCACGGCUGCAACAGUCUACCGAGGAAAGAAUCAAGGUUACGACGGAGCGAAUUGAACAUUUGACCCAGAAAGUUGAAGACAUCCAUACGAAGGAGAACGUCCAAACAACAGUCCUGCAAAACUUAGAAGUCCGUUGUCGAAGAUUCACCGAGCAGAUUCAGGAUUUAACAGUGGAAGUGGAAACACUUCGUCAAAUCAUUGGACAGCAAAAAAACACUGUUGGUAUCGUUGUUCCGCCGAUGGAUCCAAUGAGAGAACGCACAAUCAGUGAACAGACAGAAAUGUCUGAAGAUGACUCUGUUGUCGGACAACUGGUUGUGCAGCAGCCAUCAAGGAAACGGAAUUUGGGUAGAUCAUUAACAGAAGUAAGACCAGAUGCUUAUAUUUUUGACAAUGGACAACACAUUGAGUAUCGUUUUGCUGAUGACGAUGUAAUAGAAAAUGAAAAAGAGCAAUUGGACAACAUAUCCAUGUCGGGAAGCAGGCAAGGUCUGGACCUAAUUCGACAGAGGACAAAAAGUACGGAGUCAAAGACGUCGAUAGAAAGUGGUAAUUCGAAUGUAGUAUCAGCGGAUGAUAUCGCAGGACUUAGUUUGGAGAUACUAAAAAGCAGAGCGUUGCAAAAAAGGCGAGAUUCUUCUGGUACCGUGAGGAGAGGAUCAGAAAGUGGAACAUCAUGCGAGCUAAGGGCACCUUUUCUUACACCAAAGAGCAUAUCUAUCUGCCACAUUUUUAGGAAAUUGGGCGGCGGCGGGAGUGAGGACCAACCCCAACCGCCCGCCUCCGCUCUACCAGCAACCGUCUCGAAACCGUCCGGCCCGAAACGCCAGUUCUCCCAGACGCAGUCGGAACCCGGAGAAACGGCGCUCGACUCCGGCACCCCGCUAGAACGCAGCGUUACCUUCACAGAGCCACGGAUCAAGGUCAUACCGCCCCAGGGUGCAAGCGGCAGGUCGCACAUGCUGAUGCACAUGCACACCGAGUACGCGAGCAUCACCGACGAGUUGGAAAGUGUGUGCGGGGUGCUGUUGAGUCCGCCGAGGUCGCCGGGAUUGCUGAGUCCGCCCAGGCCAGAUCAGUCGCCGCCAAAUUCCCGCAAACGUAACCCCUCCGAGAUGUCAAACCCUGAAAUAGCGUUGAAUUUUGAGAAAGAGCAUCUGAGAAGCGCCGAGGAAUGCGACUACAUGGUUAUGGAGAAUCUCAUACAGAGACGCUAUGAAGAAGAGGAAGAAGACGAAGAAGCUAUUGAGGACAAUAAUGCUCAGAAACCAAAGAAUCCCACGUUACUGAACGUGGUGACAGAAACAAGGGAAUUCAGACUAAAUUCCUGGCCAGUACGAAAUGCUUUGAGGAGAUCAAGCGCCAUAGAGUCUGAUGAAACUGCAGGAACGUCAUCAUUAACAGCUACAGCACCACUACAAGCAACUGCUUCAGGGCCAAUGGGUUCCAGCGGUUCCUCGACAGACCGUCAAGACUCGACCGAAUCCAGCGACAUGUCAUCAAUGAACAGGCCGCCUAUGCAGCGACCAUCGAUCGUCAUCGAUUCCUCGCAACUACCAUUACAAAGGGAACCUUCCCUAUCCAAGGCUGAAUCCAAAGGAAGUCUGCACAUGCAGUCGGAAACUAUGUGUUGAAAGAGUCGCUAGCGAUGUAGCGUGUAUUGUGAGAAUUUUCAUUUUGUCGAUUUCAGUUUACCUAUCGAUUGAUAAACUUCUUGGAAUUUUAGGUAUACGUUGAAAAAUCGUGAGCAAAAGUCGUGGUUAGCGGUGAUUUCAUAUUUUUGCUGAUGCCUUCCACGCGGGACAGUGGAAGUAAAUUAGUAAACAACAGUUAAAAGAAGUAUUUCUUCUUUUUAUAAAAGUUAAAAUUAGUUAUAAAAAAACUUGUUCAUAAACUGGAUGACUCAAAAAAACAGUUACCCUUACCAAAUAAUAGGUUAUUCACGAAAUCCAGAAAAAAGUAUGUGAAGUGGAUAAAUGGUUCACAUAUAGCAAGUACUAAUCGGAUUUUGUUGAUAUUUCGAAACAAGCUUUCUACUAUGCAAAGCACGAAAAAGCUGUAGUUGAUUGUUCGAUUUAUUUGAACUGAUGAUAGAAUUGCCUGGAAAAUACGGAGUCAACCUACUUGACGCCAGUUUUUCCACACCGUGUCAUUACCCACUGAGCUGAUAAUUCAUAUUAUAUUACCUAAGAUUCUAUGAAGUAUACCCAAAAAAGGUAUUCCACAAAAUGUAUAUACCCUUCAAAUUCACAUGAAGUUGAGAGUACCUGUUUGUAAGUACUUAAAAAGCUGAUCGUAUUGGUGCCAUGUUCAAAGUAAAUAGCUCCAAAAAUUAUAUGAAAAUGUUUCAUUUUUAUCUAAUUCAAAUUUUCUGUUAUUGUGAAUCAAAGUACUUAGGUAAACAAAGGUCGACAAACUUAAGUAGAAUAACUAGGUAGGCAUACUUUUUAUGUUUUAAUACUCAAGACUUAAUAGAUACAUAUUUAUAUCCCGAAUACUGCGAGUUCCUCAAACUUCCUUUUCCCCAUUUAUCGAUUUGGUUUUGAAUCUUUCAUAUUUUCACGCAGAGCACGGUAACUCGACAAGGGAACGUAUCUCAAAGGAUUCACACUCGAAAUUUAGUGUUUUUAUAUUGAACUAAAAGAUAAAUGAGUUUGCAACACCUUUGCAAAAAAAUAUGUUGAUAUGCAACAUAACUUGUACUUUAAAAAUUUUAAUCCUAAAAUAUUUACAUCUUUAAUAAAGCCAAGAGCUUACAUUCUCAAUAAUCUAUAAAAAUCAUUUUUUUUUGUUUACAUGGUGUACCCCAUACACCAACAUGUAAUUUCCAUUUCGAUAGACCUUAUCCUAUGAACAGAUUACAGUUGCUCAGCUUUUGUUCGUUGUCCAUCGAGACGAUGCUGAAGAGUUUCCAAAUAGCACGAAACGGCUAUUAUGUAAUUUCUUAAAGUACGUAAUAUCGUACUCAUAAUUCAAAUUAUAUUGUAACUUUUUCAUAUCUAUUUCAAAUUUUGCACUAAGGUUGAACUUCGAAAUUUGUCUCGUGUAGUACUUUAACUCUAUGUGUCUAAAUAUUAUUGUAACAGCAAUUAAUGAAACAAAGUAUAUUUUCUUAAGUUGGCACGUCUCUUUUUUAGAUUUUUUCCAACUUCCUGUUUGCAGCAUUAUUUUAAAUCCUUUUCAUCUGAUAAUUUCAUGGUGUGUAUAGAGAUGAGUAAAAAACAAUGGUUCAAUUUUUUUUUGUCGAAAAAUGCAUUUUUUGUGCUUGAGCUUGUCAACAAAUAUAAGUACAGCUCUAAAAUUGUGUGUGAAUAUUCCUCUUUUAUGGAAGAAUGAAACGAGUGCUCUUAUCACUUUCCCUUUUCGAAAAAUAUUUACAUUUCUUGAAAACUCAACUUGCUGCGAGACGAGGCUUCAAGAAAAUCGAAGAUUUUUCGGAAAGGAAAGGUGAUAUGAACAAAAGUAAUCACUCAUUUCAUUCUUCCAUAAAAGAGGGAUAUUCACACACAAUUUCAGAGCUAUACUUAUAUUUGUUAACAAGUUCCGAUUGAAGAAUGCACAAAAAAUGCAGUUUUUGACAAAAAAAUGAAAAUAUUGUUUUUUAGUCAUCUCUAUAACACCAUGGAAUUAUCAGCUGUAAAGUAUUUAGAAUACUGCUGCAAACAGGAAGUUGGAAACAAAUCGAAAAAAAGGGACGUGCCACCUUAACCCAAUACAUUUAUAUGGUCCAUUCAUUUUUACAAUUUGUGAUACAACACUUUCUUUUAGUACAACACAACGAAAUCGAAUGGGUUGGGAGCCAAGCCUAUAUGUUUAUAUGGCAGUUUGUCACCAAAACUACGUGUAGUGCAUACUUUGAGGUGAAGAUGCCUACCAAAGUCACAAAGCAAUACAUUGGCGUACAUUCUUUUCUCUGGAAAGGAUAUUCAAAUAGCCAAUGUAUGUAUGGAUUUUUAGUCUGAUGAUUUCUCAAAAUGUUCAAAUGGAACUCCCUGUAUAUUUUCACAUUAUUUGAUUCCUAUUUUUCCACUUUUUUUAUAUAAAGUAUUUGGUGUUUGUACGACCGGCUUUUGAGUUACAACUAACUUUUCUGUAAACCAUAUAUCAAUAUGAAUGAAAAAUAUUACAUUACAUAUCAAAAUAAAAAAUUAUAUUUAGCUGGUAGCGACAAAUCGCUAAGAAUUAAAUUUACUCAAGCUUAUGCAAUAAAUUGCAAGUCGAAAAGUCCCUGUGUUUUUAGUAGCUCAAAAAUCAGUUACACAAUCCUUUAUAAACCAUAUAUUAGAAAAAAGCAUAUGAAACGAAAUCAAAGGAUGUUGAAAUAACAGUUAAUUAUGUUCCAAAACAGACGAUUCUUUGAGUAGUUUUGAAACAAAAAGUUCGUAUAAACAUAGGCACGUAAAGUCUUCGAUCUCAAGAUACAGUGUGUUAAUAUUUAAUUUCUUGAAUCCUUUACCUAAUUUUGUUGUAAUUUGCCGGUGGUAUUUAUAAACUUAAGGAGCUAAUUUAGCCCUAAAAUGAUUAAAGUUCAGUUGCGUCUCGAACAGGAUCUGAACGAGUAUUUGUGACAAAAAAUAUACCUCACUGACUUUGCAAUCUUCUUUGGAUUGAGCCAAUAAAAAAACUACUUUUUUGUCUCUUGAAUGUUUUUCGUAUAUUUCUUAGUUUUCGAGAAAGUCCACUUAAUUGUAUAUCCCUGGACCACAAAAGGAAUAUGAGGAAAUUUUAUUUUAAAAAUCAUUAUUUUUUUAUUACUAGUUAUGUAACUACAAAUAGACACUAAAAAAUUAGGUAAAGGAUAUUUAAGAUACAUAUUUGCGAAAAAACAUUUUUGUUUAAAUACGAAGAAUUUGCGGACCUGUGAACUUUUUGUCUUAAAAUUACUCAAAGAAUCGUCUGUUAAAUUUAUGGUACAUACUUAGUUAACACCAUGUAUAGGGUGUUCCUUUUAAACAUUCUGAAAAACAGUUGAUUUGUUGUUGAGUUCUGGACUACUCUGUAUGAACUAUAAAAAACUGAAGUAUCUAGAAAGAGAGAAAAUAUGGGAUCAUAAAAAUAUUCUUACAUAAAAUUUAGCAAUUUAGCAAUAACAGUUGCGGAGGUGCGAGUUGUCAAAGUUGAGUGUUUUCUCCGAUGGAUUUUCCAAUAUCUCAACACUUUGAAAAUCAUUAUAUCAAAAUGCUUUGUUUGAAAUGGCCUAUCCAAAUUUGUAAUAAACUAUAAGUUUUUCUCUUAAAAAAAAUGUAUAUUUGGGACACCACGUAGUUAUGAAUCACCCGGUAGAGAUAAAAAUAUUUUCCAAAUCGGAAGCAUACUGUUGGCAAAUACCUAGUCGAGCAUAAUAUGGAAAUUGCUGCUGUUAUAUCAUUAUCACUAUAUUUUUCCAGUAUAAAGAUUUGGACGUGAUUCAAUCAAUUUGAUAUUCAUACAUUUUUGGAAUCUCGCAACACUAAAAUGGAGAAAUGAAUAAAUUUUUUUUGAAGCGAAUGUGAAGACUUUACCGAAGAACUUGUAGAUUCAAAAUUAAAGUACACACAUCAUCAAAAGUGUUGGACCCCCUGGCGUACUGGGAAACUAUAGCCUUCUAAUUUCAAUCUUGGAUAUAUUUUAAAUUGGGGAUAUUUUUACUAUAUUUAUUUAACAAAACGUUAAAUUAAUUUCAUUAAUAUGAAAAGAAAAAGAAAGUUGAACAAGGUACCAAAAAUUUUAUUUUUAAAAUCAAAAUUAAAGAAAAAUAAUUAUUCUAAAGAAAAAUAAAACAUAAUUAAUAACCGGUCCGGUGUCCUCUACAUCUUAGCAGUGCGUUAACACGCCUUGGCAUUCCUAUUAUUCGGUGGUUAAUGUUUUCUUGGGGUAAAUUAUUCCACUCUCCAUUUACUGCUGCAGCUAGCUCAUUUAGGGUUGUAGGUGGAUCUAUUCUGUUCCGUACGGCUCGAGCUAUAGUGUCCCAAAUAUUUUCAAUGGGGUUCGUGUCUGAGCUGUUCGCAGGCCAUGGCAAUCUCACUAUUUGGCCCCUUUCUAGAGCCCGCUGGACCCUUCUCGCUCUAUGUGGCCUUGCAUUAUCAUCCAUAAAAAUGAAGUUGUUACCGAAUUCGUUUCGCAAAGGUUGAAUAAUGGGUUGUAUGAAAUUUUCUUCAUAAAUUUCUGCAGUCAUUGUCCCCUGGAUCUGAAUGGUUAAACAUUAUGCCUCCCCAAAACAUUAUUGAUCCGCCCUGAUAUGAGACAACUUCUCGGGCCAAAUUUAGUCGCUGUUGAUGUCCUGGUUCUCUGCAAACCCUUAUUCUACGGUCAUCACUCACCAGUCCAAACCUAACCUCAUCUGUAAAUACCACAUUUCGCCAUUGUGGUAAAAGCCACUCCUGAUGUUCUCUAGCCCACUGGAGACGAGCAGCAAUUUGUCUACGAGUAAGACGUGGAACCCUUAAAGGUCUUCUAGGGAGCAAAUUUGCCAUUCGCAAUCUUCUUAUGGUAGAAGUGGAAAUAACUAUUGGAAAGGUAUGUUGAAUAUGCGAUCUGAUAGCUGUACUUGUUGAAAAUUUAUUCCUUCGGGCAAAUAGAGCAAUGUAACGAUUCUCCCUAUCAUCCGUUACUCGAGGACGCCCACUGCGUGGCCGAUUUUCAAUUGAGCCAGUUUCUUGGAAUCUUCGAAUUGUUCGAAUAACCGAACUUCUUGGGAUACCCAAAUCCAGUGCUAUUCGGUGAUUUGAAAAUCCAGCAUGGAAGAGGGCUAGUAUUCGUGUUCUGUCAAAACCAGAAAUUUCAGCUCGCGGCAUUUUAAAAGUUACAGUAUAAAAUUUUUUUUUAAUACUUUUUGCUCAAACACACACAAGAUUUCUUGUUCACAAACAGAAUGUAGAUAACGUACCUCUAGACGGAUUUAUACAGGGGGUCCAACACUUUUGAUGAUGUGUGUAGAUAAAAUUCAUAGUUUUGGUUGGCCCUGUAGUACCCAUGAACAUUUUGGGUCGACUUCAAUAUUUCGCAUUUUUUAAUGUGUUAGAUACAUUUUUUUAUCAAUCCUUAGAUUGAGAUUAAGCACUCAAAUAAACAAAAAGUGUCUUUCGCAAUCUACAGAAACCUUCACCUAUUUUAGCAAAGGUGUGGAACACCAGGACUGCAUGGAAAUUCACACACUUGUAUUUUUUCGCCGAAAGAUAAGUAUGCACUUGCAUCCUGACUACCGAAUACGUAAUUUUGGUUCAAAGCAAGUCAGAUGCUAACUCCUUAACCUACUUCGAAUUCGAUGGUACAACCAAACCUUGCAGUAUUCAUGUUUACCUUUUCACCUGUCCUGUGCCCUUAAUAAAACCGUAUAUUUUGAUAUUUAUCUUUAAAAUUACUGAAAAAAAGUUUCCACAAAGAUAUUUUUCUCUUCAAAGAAUCAAAGAAUUUAUUGUAGAUACAAAUGUAAUGUCCGUUACAAUUAAAUGAUAGAUUAUAUUGCAGUUACCGAUUUUCUUUGUAAUAAAUCAAUAAUAUAAUAAAUUUUAUAUUUGACAAUAAGAUAGUCUAUGUAUGUGUUAAUAUCCAAGUGUGUAAUUUUUGUCAAAUCGUGAAUGUAAAUAGGUAAACAGAAGUAGCUUUGAAUAGAGUAAUUUUAUCAACAUAUAAUUCGACUUCAGUAUGUAUUUUUGUCUUCCAUCAAACACAUUUGCGUAUGGAUGAGAAAAUUAAUUUUAACAAGGACAUUGGAUAAUGUUGGCGUUGUUUUUAUCUCAUGACCAACGAUGAACCUUGUUUCUCUUACAAGGGUUGCUCAUCGAGACAAUAUCUAGAGAGGCGCUAUUAGAAUCUCCUUUGGAUAUACAAAACGGCGUCAGGGGGCAGAGCCAAGGAUGACACUCUUGUAUCAGGUUGACCCAAGUCUGGCUUAAAUUUCACACUUUCAGUAGCAAUUCGGCAAUACAGCAGUUUACUACUUUUUGAAACACGAAAGAAAAGUGAAGUACAGUACUGAAUUUUUUUUUCGAAUAUCUGAAAAAAUGACAGAGGUGUUUUAUUUGGAGAAUUAUUUUGUUGAGGCGUGAGACUGAGUGAUGACGUCACAUGAUACUAGCUACCAUUACUAACAUGCCCCAUUUAGAAAAGUAUUUACGAUUUACGGUAAAAAUGGGUCAGAGCAUCGACUUAAAAAUACUGUAUAGUACCUAUAGGUGUACAAUUGCAGGCAAAUCAGCUCCAGGUAUAAAGAUGUUUAUCUGUGCCAAAACAGAAGAAUUAGAGGGAAGUGGAACGUGGACGUUAAAAUUGCCUCUUUCGGAAAUAUCAUUGUACUGCUGCAAAUACCAUUUUGAUGUCAGUAGGUAUUUAAUUAAUACAGUAAAAAGUAUCAAAAUACAUAUAACUGGGUGCCUAUUUUGAUGGCUAAAUAACCUAAUUGGUGUAAACGAGAACGGGAAUAGAUUUGAUUAUUGCUUUUAUUUCGAGAUAAUGUGAAUAUUGUUAUAGUGAUCAUGUUGUGGCUGGAGGGGGGUUAGUCCUUGAACCCCGUCUGUGUCGACGUGAAGAUGCAUAUGCGUGGUUCAAGAACUAAAAAAACCUGGCCAAAAGUGCAAGAAAUUUGAGUAAUAGAAUAGUGUCAAGUUUUAAAAUAAUCAGCCGUAUUGAGAUAUGUGGCAAAAUGGAUUGAGGAGUCGACGGUAUGUACAGUUAUUAUUAUAUAGCAAUUGUACUACUUGCCAAUCGGAACUAUACAACAAAAAUAUGUAAUUGUUAUUAUUUCUGCAAUUAGUCAAUACAAAAAUAGUUUACAAAAUCGAUUACAUUGAGAUUUUUUUAAGAAAUUAUUUUUAAUUCGUUAUUAGCGAUCUUAAAAACACCUCAAUUCCAAUUUUGAGCGCUAUUUAGAUUUUUGAACGAUUGAUAUCAAGUUCGUUAUUAGCGACCCUGAAAACAUCUAAAACUUAAAUUUGAGCUCAACUAAAACAAUAUGUCAGCCAUAUUAAAUCCACCAUUUUGAUCUUUAACAAAUGGAUACCAUAUUCGUUGUCAGCCACCUGGAAAACGUAGAAAUGAUUUUUUUUUGUAAUAUUGUGAAUCUUUUUUUAAUUUUGGACAUAUUUUAGGACUUUUGAUCCACCAUCCACCAUGGCGUGUGUGGGCUUAAUUAUAAAUGUCAAUACGUGCCAAAAUGUUUCGCAUAAUAUAUUUAAUCAAUAACCAUUAUUGUCCUCCUUUUGAAGAUUAGUGGAAUCAGUAGGCAGAAAACCUUCUUCCAUUUUAUUUAUUAUACUAUAUCUAUAAUAUCGCACAGCAAUCAAUUCCAAGAUACAAACAAUACAUUGCGACUGAUCUUGAGCGUUAAGCAUGAAGACCGCGUCAGUUCCGUUAUCAGAACAUUUUUUUCAGAUUUGUGAAAGAUUUUCGUCUAUAGGAAACUUCCCAAUUAACAAAUCCUCACUUCGGUCCUGCUUCUUGUCUUUGCAAUAUAGUAACCUGAGACGAUUUCUUGGUAUCCUCUAGCCUACAGUGCAUCGUCGGGCUACCAACACCAUAUGUGUUUGCCAUAACGAUAAACAUAGUAUACGAAAAAGAAAUAAGUGAUAAAAAGUUCGGUCUGACGCUGUGAUUAGACGUUAUGCCAUAUCCCCUAGAGAUUCUAUAUCUUCUGCCUAACACGACAGUUAAAGUUAAAGUUGUGCUAAAAAGCAACGUUUCCGAAAUGAAUAAAAAAGAUCGGUAAUGGAGUGAAAGUAACGUAAACCUCCAUUAAAAAUUAUCCAUGGUCCUUGCAAUGUCACUUUUGUGCAGCCUAGAAUGGAGACUAGAAUGUAAAAGUUGGUAUUUGCACGUUAGAAUGAUGAAGAAAACCGCAUAAAAGUAACGAAUGUUCCGUUAAUUUAUCCAUUUCUAGUCUAGACAGUACUUUACUCAAAUAGUACUUAAACAAAUAUGAUACUGACGCGACAGACCUAUGUAAGACUCAAAAAGGCCUAUGUAAAUUCAUUAUUAGCAAUGGAUAACAUAACAUCACAGUGGUAAUAGGAUACAAAAAUUUUAUAUUCAAGCUUAUGAGGGGAUUUUAAGAAUUUGUCAAAUCAAAAACUGUAUUUCAUAACCAAAUAAUUGUUAGAUGUUUAUGAAUAAGUUUUUUUGUAGGUUUUCAUGCAUUUCUUACAAACCAAAUCCUUGUGCACAUUUCUGACAUUUACGGUGGUGAGCACCAACCAGGUGAGUUCAAAACUAAAUUAGUCUGUCACUGAAGAUAUCUAAAAUCGACGACUUCAGGAAAUGAUAUAAUAAUGCUGAAAUCUCAUAUUUUUGGUUAGCUAUACUACUUAAGUUUUAAAAUCUCUUGGUUGGUUCUCGCCACCGUUAGAAUCUAUAACAACAGUGUUUGGAUCUAUCUAUCUUGUCUAUCAACGACACACAGUGAUCUAUGUAGUCGAAAACCUGGAGAAAUUGAAAAAAACAGUAUCGGAAUGAAAAAUUAAUUCCUAUUUUAAAGUUGACGCCUUAAACAUCAAGUUGGGCAUGGAGUCAGCACUUUGUUUACACUGCGUUUACCAUGACAGGUUAAUAAAGUUUUUGAUGUAUCACUUGACACUACUUUUUAACGAAAAAAUUGGAGAGCGUCUGCAUUAUCCCUUGUCUUAUUUUUUGAAAAUAUUUGAACAUCUGGAUAUGGAUCAAGAUAUUACGAACUUUCAUUUGAUGUAAUAGAAAAGUGUCGUUAUUAUUUUCUUGUAGACAUACUAUCUUUAGCGUCACUCCUUUGUAUUAGAAUUAUACAAAGAUGUUUUUAAUAAAGUUCCGUCUUUUGAUCCCAAUUGGAAUAAAUUAUGUUUGUGAACCUUGAUGUACUGCCAGAUAAAAUCUAGUGUCAGUUUUUGCUAACUUUUGCAAAAUGUAACCUUAUAUAUUAACAUAUUAUUGCUGGGGGUGGGAUACGUUUAACUUUUUUGAAUAGAUAUAAAAUCGGCAACCUGAGAAUCGUAUAAAUGUAGAAGUUGUAUUUUUGCCAGCUUUCCGGUAUUCUAGACCACUUUGUGACAGUAUAUUUAACUCAUGUUUUUAUACAGUAUACUACUUAUGCAUAACUCGAGAUUCACCGGGAGUAUAAACGGCAACACUCAGUAGGUAUUUUCCUUAUAGUCGCUAAACUUGAUCCGUCAUCCCCUACUUCACCAAAUCACUGGAGGCUCAGCAUCAAGACAGUGUUGCCAUUUACAUUAAUUUAUAUAAACAUAUCUUGCUCUGGCAAAUUCAGCAGCCACCAAUUUAUUAAUGAUAAUUUAUAUAAUAGUAUCAACAAGGAAACUACAAAGGAGUCUUCAAGAUACCUCAUGAAUUCUAUAGUCCAUCUAUGGAAAACAACUAAACCCAAACAUAUUCACGCAUAUUUCACGUGAUCAGAACCUGAACGCCGUACGAACACUAACGACAGGCAAUGCUGCCUGCAUCGCUGUGUUGUCUCCCACUCCGCCUUUCUGGUUUGGCAUUGGUCUCCAGCAGUUCUGCCCAAUAACAAUUAUGAUUCCCCUUUCUUAAAUAAAUAUGUUUUUUUUAUUUUUCAGAAAGGUUCAUCGUCAUAGCUAUAGGUUUAAAACAUCGCUAUACCUAGAAUGUUUUUCCUAAAUUGUACAUUAUUUUAUUCUGUACAUAUCUUAGAAAAAUGUAGUGCUCAAAAAAAAUUUAUAUAUGUAUAUAAUUGAAGAACUGCAAAUUGAAAACGAAUUCGUCAUAUCUUUCUACCAAACUGUCAUGCGUGAUACCAGAUAAAUAUUUGUGAACAAUAUAUGCUGAUGAUAUGCAGCUUGAAAAAAUUAGCUUGAUCUGAGAAGGUUAUAUAUGCCAUAGACACGGCCAGGUGGAUAGAAGGGACGACGAUAUUGUAUAUUAGGCCAAUAUAUAAAAAUUGUCGUAUAGUCAACAGAUUACGAGAAAUUAAAAGUGCGUAAUGAUAUUUCCGCUUAUAUUGGCUAAACUAAUAAUCUAAGAGUAAAAACUACUUUUUGUAGGGAAUAAAAUUUGUUAAAAAAAAGAUCUUUCACAUUCUUUUAGAAAGUUGAAAAUUCGUAACAAAACAGUCGUGUGACAUACUCCACUUGCUACGUACGUUAUCCACGUUAUCCGCAUACAUCAUUUCACGUAGAGAUAACUUCAGAAUCAUUAUCUGUGAUCAAGGAUACCAUUUUAAAAUGAAUCAUUUUUUUACUUCCAAUGAAUGAAGAAUGUAAUAUUUUUCUUGAUAAUUUGUGAUGUUUUUUUCAUUAUGAACAUCCAGUCACUCACUCCCAUCAUUCUGUUUAUCGAAUAUUUUGUCAGUGAGUAAUGUCAGUAAUGUAGUAUCACUCCCUUUCCAUUGAAACCGAUGCAACGGUUCCUGAGGUUAUGCAGUGACACAAUGGUCAAUACACAGACUGAUGGAAGUGAGUGACUUGCAUUUUCAUGAUGACAUUAUUAUUAUAUCGAAGCAGCCGCGCUGGCAGAAGCCUAAAUACCAGGGUACCGCGGCUGCUAUUAAGAACUUAAAGCAACUUUGUUAAUGCGAGUUUUGAACUGCCUAAGGUACGUAGAACUGUGAAAAGUUAACUCAGCUAGAUUGUUCCACAAUCUCGAUACCCUAGGGAGCGGUUGUAUAAUAGGCCAGUUCUAGAUGUACGAUGUUAGGACACAGUUAGGGUGGGAGGCAAAUCUGUCUGGCAGGCAUCAUGUGUUAUCCGAAAAUAUUAAAUUUUCUAUAGCGCGCGACUGUUUUCAUGCGAACGUUGAACUUUCGCUUCUGAUUCUUGAAGCACCGUCAAAGUGUCGAAAAAGCGGAAAGGAUAUUUUUGUAGAAAAUUUCGUCGUCUUACAAGAAAUUUUAAUAGUUUUUAUACGCUUAGGUUGUUAUAGUUUAGCCAUUAUAAGCCAAAAUAUUAUUACAUGUACCUUUGCCCUUAAAUUUCUCGUACCCUGUUGACUUGUAGAAGCAAAAUUAUAUAGAAUUUAAUUUCCUACAAAAGUGUUUUCAUUACUUUUUUACAUAGGAGAUGCGAUUAUCAAAAUGAUGGCAAAUUCUCCAGCCCUAUCAUGCUAAUUUGAUCCUAUCAUUAGGAAGCAAUAAUCUUGCUAUACCACCAAAAAAUCUAGACUCUCCAAAAUUGUAGGAAAAAAUUACUAAUUUCAUUGCCUAUAUGUGCUGAUACAGAUCAUCUCAAUACAGAGUAUCAUUCCGGCGGCUAUACAUUUCACGGAUGAAGUUAAUUUUGUCAAACUACUAGCUCAAAAUUUUAACUGUAUAAUUUAAUCAAACUAAAAAUGUAGCGCUGUAUUAGCAUACAUACUUUUCUCUAUCGAUAUUUGAUUAGGUUCAACACUGAUUAUUUGUCUGAAAAUGCAAUGGGAAAUGAACUAAGAUGAACAUAUGAAAGAAAAAGCAAUUGGAACUAAAAUCAUGAGUAAAAUUUAAAAUGUUUGUUUUGAUGGAAUAGUUAUUGUUGUUAGUGAAAUUGUGUUUACUAUAUCAUUUUCAAUCUGUUUUUAUUUUGGGAAUGAACUGUAACGUAUUCACGAAAAUAUUGCGUGGUGCAAGCUACAUCAAGUACUUUAUAGAAGCUCGCAAGUUGAAAUUGAAACUAUUUGUCUUUAACUAAUUUGUGAUUUUUUAUAAAUACAAUUCACGCACCUAUCAAUAAAUUUGUACAACAUCAAACUCGACCUUACGCAAUAAUAAAAC